AUGGCGCUGCUAGACUGGAAUUGCUGCAUCAUUUGCCAGCAAGACACCGCCGAACCUUUAAAAUGCCCUUUGAAGAGUCCUGGAACAAGUGAUCAAAAGAGUAAUGCGUACACAUCCUUUCUGUGCAAUGUAGAACAAUUCCGAGACAUAGGAGAACUUCCAGUUGAGCUUCGUUUCGGAAAGAACGAAACUGCUGACAACUUUGCUAGUCAUUUUGCGUCCUGGCACAAAUCCUGCUAUUUAAAGUUCAACAAUUCCAAGUUGUGUAAGGCAAAGAGGAAACGAGAGCGUGAAAAUGAUGAGUCUGAAGCAAAAGAGUCCAGGAAAAAAAAGAGGCAAGCUCUGGAUGUUCAGAAGUGUUUCCUCUGCGAGACCGGCGAAGAGGCAGGUGUUCUUCAUCAGGUUUCAACGUACGAUGCAGACACCAAUCUGCGAAUGAUGAUAACAGAGCUAAAUGAUGCUCAACUUCUCACUAGAAUAGUUGGAGGUGACCUUAUUGCCAUGGAGGCAAAGUAUCAUCUUAAAUGCCAGAUCAACUUGCGAAAUCGAUACCGCAGUCUCAUUAGGAUGUCAAACCAAGAAACAGCGGCUGAUACAUGUGAAAAAAUGAACGAAUCUAGAGCAUUUGUAGAGCUGACAAGCUAUAUUGAGAAAGCUGUGGGAUCUGGAAUUCUUCUCUUCAAGCUGUCCGAGAUCCAUUCGAUGUACGUGAAUCGUCUUGAGGACCUUGGAAUAAAUAAACAAGUCAAUAAGACCAGGUUGAAGAAUAAUUUGCUGGAACACUUCCCUGAGGCACAGGAACAAUACGAUGGAAAGAACACUGUUCUUAUCUUCAACGAAGGUAUGCGAAAUAUGUUGAAGGAGGCACUAAAGAAACGCGAUUUCUCCGAAGAUGCUGCUAUUCUUGCAAAGGCUGCUGUCAUUAUCCGAAAAGACAUUUUCGGCCAUAAAAGCUUUAAAUUCACUGGCAACUUUCCACCAAAAUGUGAAGAGGACUCACUGCCUUCAAGCCUCAAGUCUCUUGUUUCCAUGAUCCUCAAUGGCCCUAACUUGAAAGAUCAAGAUAAACGUGAAUCACAGGCUUGCCUCACUGUUGGCCAGUGUAUAUUUUACAAUGCAAAAAAAAGUGGAGCCAGUACUGCUGAUAAAACGAGGCACUCGAAAGAACGCGAGCCACCACUUCCAAUCUACAUUGGCAUCAAUGUUCAUGCGCAGACAAGGAGCAAGAAACUCAUCCAGCAGUUUUACCAGAUGGGUAUUAGCAUCUCCUAUGAUCGAGUUAUGGAGCUUGAGGAUUUGAUCGCUUCUGCUGUUUGUGAACGCUUUGAAGAAGAUGGAGUGGUGUCCCCCGCUUGCCUUCGAAAGAAUUUGUUCACUGUUGGGGCGCUGGAUAACUUGGAUCACAAUCCUAGUUCAACCACUGCGGUAACGUCAUUCCAUGGGACUGGAAUCAGUCUUUUCCAGUCUCCAACCAAGACCAAUCCUGGCGAAAGCAGACAACCGAUUACCAUACCACCUAAAUCCGGACCACAGAAAUACUCUCUCCCUGACAGCUACGCCAGUGUCCCAGCUGUAGCACUGAAGACCACUGCCAUUGAUGUACCAAAGUGUGAUGUCAGCCCUGUUAUGGUAUGCGUUAAUGACGCCAUCGCAGCUGAGAAUACGUGGGUUGAACAUGCACUGCCACUUCUUGAGAAGCAGAAGCUGAGCAACAGUGAUUCCAUUGCUUGGGCUGCAUAUCACGCUGCUUUGCAACGUCCCGUAGAAGACCCUCCAGCUGUUUGUGCACUGCUUCCUUUGUUCUAUGAGAAGGCCGCCACACCCGCAAUGAUCAAACAUGGUAUGGAUGUCCAGAGACUAGCAACUGAAUAUUUAAAUCCAGGCCAAAUCCCCGUCACCACAUUCGACCAGCCUCUGUUUGCAUUGGCAAAGUUUGUACAAUGGAAAUGGCCAGUUGCGUAUGGUGAAAAGCUUCAUGUCGUUAUGCUUGGUGGUCUACACACAGAGAUGGCCCUUUGGAAGACACUGGGAGACGUAUUGGAAGGUUCUGGUUGGACGGAAGCUCUUACAGAAGGAGAGGUGGUGUCCUCUGGUGUUGCCGAGUCUUUUUUGAAAGCUGCACAUCUCACUCGAACCAGACAUGGUCACCAAGUCACUCUCUUGGCACUCCACUAUCUCCAGCACGAGGCAUUUAUGCUGUGUGAAGGACCUAAAGAUAAAGAGUCCGCGCAAGGGUGGAGGAAUAACAUGAUUCGGAAGAGUCCAACUUUUGCAUACUGGGAUCUAAUUCUACGGUACGAAACCCUCAUUCUCAUCUUCGUCAGGGCUCAUAGGGAAAGGAACUUUCCAUUGUAUGUGCAAGUCUUGGAGAAACUCUCACCACUGUUUUUUGCCUUGGAUCAUGUCAAUUAUGCAAGAUGGAUGCCAGUCCAUAUCAAGGAUAUGAAGUCCUUGCCUGAAUCCAUCAAGGAUGAGUUUGAGAAAAAUUCUCAUUGGGUACUUUGCAAGACAACAAACAAUUUCUCUGCGAUCCCAUUUGAUCAGGCUCAUGAGCAAGAAAACAAGACAGUGAAAGGUUCGGGUGGCGCUAUUGGUCUUACAGAAAAUCCUACAGCUUUCAGGCGCUGGAUGCUUUCGGGUCCAGAAAUUGCUAGACUACUAACACAGUUUGAAGAAGAGAAUCUUCAAGAUGAGGAUCCUGAGAUCCCUAAGAAUUUCAAGCACCAUGAGCAAGGUCUCUCCGCUCAGGUGACUUUUCAGAAACAGGUUAACAACCUCUGCGAAACCAUCAAACGAAUGGGCAAUCCUUUCUUAGACGACUUCUCUGAUCUAGUGACGCUGAAUAGCCGCAACUGUAUGGAUGAAGCUGUGAUAGACACAAUCCGAACUCUGGAGAACACAGGCGAAAAGCAAUAUCAGGAUUAUGUCAAGAACGUACUUGAAGAUCGCACACGUUCUAUCCACGACCCGAUCAAGAGGAAUUCUCUAGCACUCUUCAAAAAACCUCAUAGCAAGACAACAUCACGCCAGGGGAAGAAAGUCAAAGUUCUUCAGAACAACGUCGCACUUUUUAGUCAGCUGUAUAUUGCCAUGCAGAACCGGGAUGGAGAUUUGGGUGAAUUCUUUGCCCAUGAGAUUCAGUCCUUCCCACCUUCCCUCUCAGAUUUUGGCGAUCUUCAUUUGCCAAGCGCGAAGUCUGAACUACUACGAUGUCUUGAGCAGCCUGCACAAACCGAACCGCCGUCAACCUACAACUGCAAAGUCCUGGAUGGUGCUGUCAUCGUUCACUGCCUUCCUACUGCUGCGGCGAGUACCUUCGAUGAGUAUGCGGAUAAGGUGUUCUUACCGUACCUAGAGAAGCAGCUGCAAGAGUCCAGAAGGUUAGAUAUUGUGUGGGAUACAUACAUUUCAGAUAGUUUGAAGGAGUCUACCAGGGUAAAAAGAGGCAAGGGUGUACGCAGAAAAGUGUCUGGCCAGACCAGGUUGCCUGGCAAUUGGAUGGAUUUUCUUCGCGACUCAACCAACAAGAAGGAGCUGUUUGCCUUUCUUACCACCAAAGUUGAACAGUUCAAUUGUCCAGCAUCCACAGCUAUGUAUGUCACAUCAGGACAAUCGGUGUUGUCCAUUAGUUCUGGUAGUCCAAUGCAGAGCUGUAACCACGAGGAAGCUGACACCAGAGUUGUGGUACACAUAUUACAUGCACUCGAGCACGGAGAGAGGACUGUCCUAGUGCGUACUGUGGACACUGACGUUGUUGUCAUCCUCGUUGGAACAUUCCACAAUCUAGCUGCAGUACAACCAUUGCUCGACAUCUGGGUAGCCUUUGGCACAGGCAAGAAUUACAGAUUCUACAGCAUCAAUGCAAUUUGUGCCAGUCUGGGGGAGCCACGGUCACGUGCACUACCCGUGUUUCACGCCUUUUCGGGUUGCGACACUACCUCUGCCUUUAAUGGUAAGGGCAAGAAGUCAGCAUGGCAGGCAUGGCAGGCUUUUGAAGAUGUUACGGGAACGUUUGUAUAUCUGGCUUCGCAUCCUUUUGAGAAACUGUACUUGGACUCCGAAUCCUUCCAGAAGCUAGAGCGUCUAACUGUAAUCCUGUAUGACAGAACCAGCUCACUGAGCUCUGUUAACGAGACCAGAAAGGAACUCUUCUGUCAGAAGAGUCCACCAAUGGAGAAACUUCCACCGACUCAAGACGCCCUACUUCAGCACAUCCGACGGACAGUCUACCAAGCUGGAAUUUGGACUACCAGCACACAAGCAGAGCCAGUGGUUCCAUCCCCACAGGACUUUGCAUGGACCCAGGUUGCAGAUUCUUGGGUUCCAGUUUGGAUGACCAUGCCAGAAGUAUCCAAAGCAUGUAGAGAGCUGAUCAAAUGCGUAUGCAAAGGAGACUGUUCUAAAUGUAAAUGCGUUAAGGCAAAUCUAGACUGUUCGCCACUUUGCAAGUGCAAAUGCAAACAACACUAG